CACACACAGUAAGAAUUUUAAACUUGAGUGAAAAUCAGCAAUAAGUGACCCCCUAACUCCUAUUUAGACAUUAUUUGCAUCACAUACAUAAGAAGUUUAGUCUAUUGUAGAGAGGAAUCACGUGGCCCGGCUGCGUCACAGGGUUCAAAGUUGAAAGUCAAAAGCUUUUACAGCGCUUCAGUAUGGCGGCGCUGGUGGGACGCAGAGUCUUACUGCAGGCUUUCCGAGGGCAUGCAGCCGACCGGGAUAGUGUUUGUCGGCUCGGGACGGUUUGUUACAGACCCCGGUUCUGCGGUCUUGGAAGUAAAGAACCGGAGAUGUCCGCUUUGGCGUGGACCAGAGCCUCGAUGAGGCACUACAGCUCCGAUUCAAAGGAUGACCUGCGCGUCAGGUAUUUGGAUGGAGAAGACGCCGGAAUUGUUGUUGUUGGAUUAAACAGACCCAAAGCAAAAAAUGCCAUCAGCAAAAAUCUUGUUAAAAUGAUGUAUGAUGCUGUGGAAGAUAUAAAAAAGAACAACAAAGUGCGAAGUGUGAUCCUGUGUAGUGUUGUUCCUGGAAUUUUUUGUGCAGGUGCAGAUUUGAAGGAGAGAGCUAAGAUGCACCAAAGCGAAGUAGGUCCAUUUGUAUCAAAAGCAAGAGCACUUAUCACUGAACUGGGUAACUUGCCAAUGCCGAUUAUUGCUGCAAUUGAUGGAGCUGCGUUAGGAGGAGGUUUGGAAAUGGCCCUUGCUUGUGACAUCAGGAUUGCUGGUAUGAUAACCAACUCUGCCAAAAUGGGACUGGUGGAAACCAAACUGGCGAUUAUCCCAGGAGCUGGGGGUACACAGCGUCUUCCUCGGGCUGUUGGUGUUUCUCUUGCCAAGGAGCUAAUUUUUGCUGCAAAGGUCAUAGAUGGAGUAGAGGCCUGUCGUUUGGGGCUCGUCAACCAUUCAGUAGAGCAGAACGAGAGUGGAGACGCUGCAUAUGUACGGGCACUGGAGCUUGCUAGAGAGAUUAACCCUCAGGGUCCCAUUGCUGUAAGAAUGGCAAAACUGGCUAUCAACCAGGGCAUGGAGGUUGAUUUGUCAACUGGACUGGCAAUAGAAGAGGCCUGCUACUCCCAGGUGAUCCCAACUAAAGACAGAUUGGAAGGUUUGGCUGCUUUCAGAGAGAAAAGGCGUCCUCUCUACAAAGGGGAGUGAGGAGACCCCCUCAAAGUGCACACUGAGUUGUGCCUAUCUGCUCACCCCGUGUACCUCUGCUCUAGAGAUAGUUAGGGUGACACGUCACAUGACAAUAAGAUAACAGGUACACUAACCAGGUGAAGUUUGCAGAAUCAGGACUGUGGCUAUGAUAUGGGGUUUAGUCCAGUAAAGCUUUGAGGGCUGAUGGAUUGUAUGUAGAACUAAUGAAUGCAGUACACUAUUAAUAAAACUGCUGUACAUUUAGUCAUUAACAAUAUCUACUGCAAAUUAUAACCUUCAUCUCUGGGUUACUCAGCAUGAGGCAACACAUUCAUCUUUAUAGUUUGACUGAAUAACAACAGUAGUCUCUGCAUGGAUCAGAUUUUCAGAAAUGCAACGCCUUGUUACCCAAUAACAUGUCAUAAAAUGCAUACACGUCUCUAAUGAUAGACCAUCUAUAAUGAUCGUUAAUAAUACAAAUUUGACAUUUUAUUGUUAUUGUUCAUAUUACUUAUAUCACUAUUUUGCUUUGUCAUGUCUCACUUGUCUGCUACACAUAUGUUUUCUUAUAUAUUUCCAAAUAAAGGCUUACACAAUGUAAGCACCUGUGCCUUCA